AUGAAAUCAACACCUGAUCAAAUAUUAGAUUAUCGUUGUCGUCUUGAAAGUCCAACAUCAUUAGGACGAAAAGGUGUAUCACAAAUUUAUCAACCACAUGUAAUACCAGCUGAAGGUUAUCAAAUAUUAAAUGAAUUAUUUCCUGAUUUAUUUGAAAUUUUAUUUAAUAAAUAUAAUAUUCGUUUAUAUUCAAUUAAAAAAGAAGGAAAAAUUUCUAUUAAUAAUAUUUUAUUAAAUAAAAAUUUAACAAAUAAUAUCGAAUGAUAUUCUUCAACAUUAAAAUGGUUAAAAAAUUCUUUUAAUUUAAAUAUUCCAACUGAAGAAAUUCAUUUUGGUUGUGGUUAUCUUUCGUUUAUUAUUGAAAGAUUGAAAACAAAUGAUUUAUUAUUAGAUUCAUUAUCAGUACUUGUUCAUACAGCUAAUGUUCCAUAUAAUAAUAUUGGUUGUUAUAUAUUACCAAUACGUACAAUGAAAAUAAAAGAUGAAAAUUCAUUAGGAAUAAUAACAGCAAUUGGUAUUGCUUCAAAUAAUUAUGAAUAUCCACCAAGUGAUUCAAUGUGUACAUUUGAUCCACAAUUUGGUCAAGGUAUAACACAUGCAUUUAGACAAGCAAAAGUAUUAAAACAUAUAUUUGAAGAAAAUCAAUAUAAGUUAAAAGAUAUUUCUUCUAUUUAUAAUUAUCGUGCAUCUAAAAUUAGUGAUGAAUGUUGGUUUACUUCAACUGCAAGUAAUUGGAAAACACCAACAUUAAAAGUUAUUAAAGCAAAUCAAUAUGGACAAACAAAAAUAUUUCAAAGAGAUCAACGUUUUCCUAAUUCGAAAGAAUAUCAAUUGCAAACACCUUUAUUAAUUCAAUUUAUACAAUGGUAUCAAUUUUGGUUUCUUCAAUGUGCAGCAAAAUCAGGAAAAUUAUCAACGGAAUUUUUACAAAUUAUUAAUCAAUGUAAAAAUCCAAUUAUAUUAUUUAAACCAUUAACUAUUUUAACUAUUUUUAUACAGCAUUUAUGA